UCGAUAGUACAAUGUCUGGCAACGCUACCCUACAUAUUUAGUUUUUAUUUGCUAUAUAUUCUUGAGUUAAACAAUUAAAAUUGGAGCAAGUGUUUAAACAAAUGCGAAAGAAGAAGAAAAAGAUCUGGAUCUGAGUCCAUUAGUAGUUUUAUUCUAAUAAAUUUAACAAUAUUAUGCUAGCAUUUAACCUGUGUGCGCCGGCUAAAUCAAAGUGCCUGUACAUUGAUUUUGGCGCCAACUAAAAUCAAUGGACGAAUCAACAUCAAACAAAACUACAAAAACGCCGGCUAAAUCAACGACGCCGCGCAAACGUCUCGGCCGCCCUCCGAAGAACAGCCCACUGCCGACUGCAAUGAGUGUGUGGGCUGAAAGGCCAGCCGAGGAAUUGGGGGCGGAGAACUUAGCAGAACGCGUGCUUACACUGUCGCCUACAUUAGGCGACUGCCGACGCAGCUCUCGUAAGAAAGUAAUUAAGUUUGAUGUUCGGGAUUUGCUCAAUAAAAACCGAAAGGCAAACAAAUUACAAAUUGAAGCUCGAACUGAUUGCACUCUGUCAGCAACGGCAACGACAAUAUCACUUGGCGUACUCGACGUUAACUCGGCAACGCCAGCAGCAACUGCAGCUCUUCCAUUGGCAACUGGAUCGCCACCGCAAACUUCGGCUGACCUGUUUGCCAAGCCGAAGCCAACACAGUUCUUAAUUCUUGACCAAGCAUGCAGCGAGGAGCCGCACUUAGCAAAGAAGCAAAGUGAUGGAGAAGCACCACUUCAAGUUAAUGCAAUACCGAAACAACAGAGACGUGGACGGCCCCGUAAGUCACAGACAGCGUCGGCGGCACAAGAUGUAAUCGGAAGCAGUCCUGGAAUUGCUUGCAGUAUCAGCUGCUCUGACUCGGAUACCAAUUCAACCACUGCCAGCGGUGAGAGCGAUGCCUGCGGCGAGAAUUCGCUGAAAAUAACAUUCAAAAGCAAGCUGCGUGUCGCCCUUAAACGCAUGCCUAUGCCAUCGAGCCGAGAAUCCUCUGACUCCGGUGAAUCCUUAAAAGAAUCUUCAUCGGAGUUAGCUGCCUUGCUACCAGUUCAUGAACUGAAUGAACCAAAGCCACUAGAAAUUACCGAAACGCCCACGGAUACAGGAAUAAAUAUGAAGACUGAUACAAUAAUUGAGCUCCCAGCUAAUGAGGUUGACUCCCAUUCACAAGAAUUAUUUCUAGAAGAAAAAACACCUACUGAAAAUAAUAAAACAAUUGUCAAUGCUAAGCAGAUGCCAGCUAAUAAUAAUAAUGAGAUAUUACUCAAAAAUGAAGAGGACCAGCAGCCUCAGCCUCAGCAUCAGUUGAAGUCUGACAUUGAGUCGGCGUUAAGUGUCCCAAGCGCCGGAGCUGAUAAGCAACUGCAACAGCUGGAUCCACAAAGCUUAGGAGAAAAGAGCAUAGAGAAGGAGCAAUUGGCACAGGGGAACUGUGUUGUAUUGACGGUGUCUUCAACGCAGCGGCGUAGCAAACGCUCCAGUUUGCGUGGCACUACGCGUAGUACAAACGGUUGCAAAAUGACGCUUGAAGAAACAUUUGCCGAAAUCGCAGCUGCUAGCUCCAAAAUAAUCCUGGAGAGUGAAUCAUCAGACCAGAAAUCACAGCAGCAGCAGAUACAGCCGGAUCCAACCAUUGAUCUCAUUGAAAAGAAUAGAAUAGAAUUGGGAUUACUGCCGCAAUUGGAUGCUAAUUUGGAAUUGAAUUCGGAAACCCAACAAGUGUCUAACUGUGACAUCCAAUCAGAGAACUCUAUUGACGUCCGAUUGGAAUGCUUUGCCUUGAGCCCUAAGCUAGAACCAGAGCAAGCGACGACUGACGGCUCAAUUGAUCUCCCCACUGAGCUGCCUGAUCAGCAAACGGAAGAUAUUAACACUUCAGAACAGCAGCGCUCAUCUGAUAAUCUUGCCACCGCAAUAAAGGAAUCACAUUCAUCAAUUUCCAACUCUUCACUUCCGAUCGUGAUCGACACAGCGCUCUGUAUAGAGACAUCGUUAAGUCCAUUAGAAGCUGAGCCCCAGCUGGAAACUGCCGUCAUGCACAAGGAAGAAAAAAAGUCUAGUCUAAGUCCCAUUGCUACCGCCUGUUCCAAUGUUGCUGGAAAAACCAAUCCAGAACAGGAAAAACCUGCCAGACCGCCUAGCAUUUCUAUUGUCGAGUGCGAUGCGCUCUUCAAGGCAAUGGACAAGGCUAGCGCUCAGAUGCGUCAGGAAGAGAAAACUAAGAAGAAACUUAAACUAGAGAAACAAACAGCCAAGCUGGAACAGGACCUGGAAAGCCACAGCAACAGUAACGCAGCAGCUGCCAAAAAGCAGCUGUCAAAGAAGCAUACUCGUCGCUAUACCAUCUGCGAAGAUCGUGCCGAGCACUUUACCGGGAAACAACGCAGCUUGCAGACUGCAUCCAAGGCCUUGCAGGCCAGUCCCGAACACGACCCCUUGUCCAAGGCAAAGACGAAAAACGUGUUACGCAAGGGUGUCUCAGGGUCUAAGCGGGUGUCUAGCAGCCUCAACUGCCAGGAUUCAAUGGACUCCAGUUCAAGCGCAUCGCAAUGCGCUUUUAGGCGCAAAUCUGGCAAAGUCAGCGAUGCAUUGAAUUCGGCGCUUGCUGAAACUGAAUCUUCUGAGUCCAUCAGUUCCGGCAGCAAAGCGACUAGUUGUGGCAUACCAACGCCCACAGCUGAACUCGACACAUCCAAUUCAUUGACAGACAUUGCCCAAUUCAUAGAUAAUGGCGUUAAGCUGCGCGAGCGCACUGACAAGCUGGACGGUUGGCAGGAGCUGUGUGAAGAUGAUUAUGCGCACCGCGUUGCAAAUAUAGAGACGCCGGCCACGACGCCCUCCACGUCGCCGCAACCAAGCAAUAGCACCAGCUACUCGGAGGAUGCGUCUAGCAAUGUCAACGCAGUGCGGCGCUCGCAUCGCAUCAAGCAAAAGCCGCAGCUGCCCAGAGCCAGCGUGAGUCGUAACAGCAACAGCAGCAGCAGCAGCAACAGCAACGCCAACAGCAACCAGACGUCCGCCUCCAUCAGCAUGGAGGAGCAGCUGGCCGAGUUGGCGCACGUCGAUGCCAUCAACGAGCAGUUCUUGCGCCAGGAGGGUCUUAAUACGUUUCAGUCGUUGCGCGACAAUUAUUACCGUUGCGCCCGUCAGGUUAGCCAAGAGAAUGCUGAAAUGCAAUGCGAUUGCUUCCUGACCGGCGACGAGGAGGCCAUGGGGCAUUUAUGCUGCGGUGCCGGCUGCAUUAAUCGAAUGCUAAUGAUCGAGUGCGGACCGCUGUGCACCUAUGGCGAACGUUGCACCAACAAACGGUUCCAGCAGCACCAGUGCUGGCCCUGCCGUGUCUUUCGCACCGAAAAGAAGGGCUGUGGCAUUACAGCCGAGCUGCAGAUUCCGCCAGGCGAGUUCAUUAUGGAAUAUGUGGGCGAGGUGAUAGACAGCGAGGAGUUUGAGCGCCGACAACAUCUCUAUUCGCGCGACCGCAAUCGCCACUAUUACUUUAUGGCACUGAGAGGUGAGGCGAUCAUCGAUGCGACCGCCAAGGGCAAUAUUUCACGGUACAUCAACCACAGUUGUGAUCCAAAUGCAGAGACGCAAAAGUGGACGGUGAACGGAGAGUUACGCAUUGGUUUCUUCAGCGUUAAGACAAUCAUGGCUGGCGAGGAGAUCACCUUUGAUUAUCAAUAUCAGCGCUAUGGACGUGAUGCUCAGCGCUGCUACUGUGAGGCGGCCAAUUGCCGCGGCUGGAUUGGCGGCGAGCCGGACUCUGAUGAGGGUGAGCAACUGGAUGCAGAGAGUGACAGUGAAAUGGAAUACUUGACUGAAGAGCUCGAUGAGCAGGAGCAGGGACAAGGACAGGGAUCGGAAGCUGACAAGAAGUUACACAAAACCAGAGCAACCAAGCUCAUCAAGUCAAAGCCAAGCAAGUCAUCAAAGGUGCCGACUGCGGCGCGCAAGAAGCAGUCUAAGCCUAAGGAUCGCGAAUACAAGGCCGGACGUUGGCUACGUCCAUCGGGUAGCGGCAGUGGCGAGAAGUCCGCCGCGCGCAAGCCCGACAAGCUGGAAGAUCCGGAUGUGCUAGAACAGCUGCGUUUGCUUAAUCGCAGCGGGCUCAAGAAUCAAGCGGACACGCUGAGCUUCUCGCGCUGCAUGGUGCGUGCCAAGCUGCUGGAGACUCGGCUCCAGUUAUUGGGAGUUCUCACGCGUGGCGAGUUGCCUUGCCGCCGACUUUUCCUCGACUACCAUGGCCUACGACUGCUACAUGCCUGGAUCAGCGAGAGCGGCAAUGACAAUCAGCUGCGGCUGGCACUGAUUGAGGCUCUGGAAUCGCUGCCCAUACCAAAUAGGACAAUGCUCAACGAUAGUCGCGUCUAUCAGAGCGUGCAGCUCUGGAGCACCAGCUUAACUGAUGAGCAGGCCAAAGAACCAACAGCUACCACACAGCAGCAAUCAGAGCCAACGCCGGAGCUGGAUGCAGUCCGUCAACGUAUGGUGGCGUUGCUGCAAAAAUGGAGUGCUCUACCCGAAAUCUUUCGGAUACCCAAGCGUGAACGUAUCGAGCAGAUGAAGGAACACGAGCGCGAGGCGGAUCGCCAACAGCAGACGCAUUACGCGGCCACUGCGCUGGAGGACAGCAACAGCAAUAGCGCCUCCUCCACGCUAAACAGUGAUCGCUACAGGCAGGAUCGCUUCAGGCGUGAUACCAGCAAUCGCUACGAGAAGCCUAAGCAAACACGCGUGAUAGGCAACAAUACCAUUUGCACCACAUCCGCGCAGCUGAAGGAGCGAAAUGGAAACUGUGAUGCUAGCUUAGGCAUCAGCCAGGGCAUAGUCAACUUGGAUCCACGUCGGCGAUCCGAUGAUACGCGCCGCACCAUUUUCAAAAAGCUACGACGUUCACUAUUUGAACAAAAGGUGGCGCAGGACGAGGCGGAGAAGCGUGUGUACAACGUGGAUAGACGCGAGCAUGAGCUGCGCUGCGAAUACUUUGGCGCUAAUCUAGGCACCGAUCCUAAGCAGCUACCGUAUUACCAGGACACAGAGACCAACGAAUGGUUUAAUAGUGACAAUGUGCCGGUUGCCGGGCCACUGCGUUGCGGCAAUGCAAGUGACGUCUUCAACGAACAGCAAUCGCCGGAGAGCGGCGAUGAUGUGGAAUAUAGAUUGCCAGCCAGCGUGGAACCAUUACCGCCUUCGUGGCAUUGGAGUCUCACGGCCGACGGCAUCAUCUAUUAUUAUAAUUUGCGGGAUCGAAUCUCGCAGUGGGAGCCGCCAAAUUCACAGCAGCGCAUGCAACAGUUAAUCGACGAUUCCCCGGUGCCGGAGCAAACAUCCGACAAUCAACUGCUUGCGGACGAGCUGGUCAAUAUUGAUGUUGACUAUGUGGGCAGCCUGAGUGAUAAGUCGCUAGCACAGUAUAUUGAAGCGAAGGUUCAAGAACGUCGAGAACUACGCCGCAAUCGACUUGUCUCGAUCUGCGUGAUCAGUCCGCGACGCGAGGAGGAUCGCAUCUACAAUCAGCUGGAGUCGCGCAAGUAUAAGGAUAACAAGGAGAAAAUUCGACGUCGUAAAGAGAUCUUUCGCCGCACACAGGCCGAGGCCAGCAAUGUGGAACCAGUUGGAGCAAUCCAGGCCAACGAUAUGGUGCCCAUUCAGGGCUAUUUGUACUCAUCCGAUGAAGAACUUGUCCCGAACGCUGCCAGCGUAGUGCUUAACUGUGCUGCCCAACCAUUGAUCGAUAUCAUUGUCGACGGCAUCAGGGAUACGCAUGUGGACGAGCUUGUGGCGCUCAAUCCCAGCAGCAACUACAAAAUAGGAACACUGUCUGUGGAGUCAAGCAACAUCAUAGCAGGGCCAACAUUGAGCGACUCAGAUGCAGAUGUCCUGGUUAACACAAAGCGUAAACUGCCCAUGCCACCGCAACUAACUGAGAGCAAAAAGAAGCAUCGUGGUGAGCGCGAAAAGAAACGGAAAACGCCACUUAUCAAUACAUCCAGCGGCCGCGAUGCAUGCGAAAAGUUUCGCUUUGAGAUAAGCGGCCAUGUGGCCGAGUUCCUGCGUCCAUUCCGUAAGAAUAACUGCCAGCUGGGUCGCAUUGCCAGCGAUGAGGACUACAAGUUUCUUAUUAAACGACUGAGCCACCACAUAACGACCAAAGAGAUGAGAUACUGUGACUCAAACGGAAAUCCACUGGCCUGCACUGAAUCAGUUAAGAAUAAGUCAUAUGAAUUUAUCAAUCAGUAUAUGCGAAAGAAGGGCCGCGUGUACAAGAAGCCAGCCGAUGAACCCGACUAUUAAUUAUCAGUAUCAGCAAUAUUGAGGUACAUUGUAGAGUUAGGCAAAGUUCUAGCAAAUCGAACAGCGAAUGUUUUCUACUUUUAUUUCAUGUUUUAAAAUGCUUCUACCCGAUGUUUGGGUAUAAAAUUACUUAAUUUCAUUAUUAUUUUAUUAGUCAUUCGCAGCAAUUCAACAGACAAUAAAUUGCUAAGGAAAAACUACGAGCUUUUCUCGUUACUAAA